AUGACUGGAAAACGAUCAAGAAGCUUUAAAUGCGCCGUUCACCACAGAGAUCGAGAGGUAUCGUCAGAGAACGAUUUUCAUUUGCUCUUGGUCGAACCCCCACUUUUUCGGAGGAUGGUCCAAAUAGUAGCAGAUGAGUUCCUCACGGACGAGAGAGACAGAAAGUACUACGCCGACAACUAUACAUGUUGUCCCCCGCCACUAUUUAUUAUUAUUAUUACACUAGUCGAAUUGGGAUUUUUCAUAUAUUACUCCGUGAGCACGGGAGAACUGAAUCCUGCCGGUCCAGUGCCCAUAAUAGAGUCCAUAUUUAUUUAUAGACCAGACAAGAGGUUAGAGAUAUGGAGGUUUCUGUUCUACAUGUUGCUACACGCAGGGUGGCUCCAUCUAGGGUUCAAUCUAGUAGUUCAGCUGCUGGUAGGGCUGCCUCUGGAGAUGGUCCACGGAUCGGGACGAGUGGCCCUCAUUUACAUGGCGGGAGUGGUAGCUGGGUCCUUGGGAACGUCGGUAUUCGAUACCAACGUGUACCUAGUGGGAGCAUCUGGAGGAGUUUACGCCCUAUUGGCAGCGCAUUUGGCCAAUGUCCUUCUCAACUACAAUAAUAUGCAGUGCGGCAUCCUGCGUCUGUUCGGGAUAUUUGCAAUAGCAUCUUGUGAUGUGGGAUAUGCCAUUUACUCACGAUAUGCCGAGGAGGCCAAAGAACAACUACCUGUUUCCUAUGUAGCUCAUCUAACUGGAGCGCUAGCGGGUUUAACCAUAGGACUUUUGGUUCUGAAAAACUUCGAGCAAAAACUCCACGAGCAGCUCCUUUGGUGGAUAGCCUUAGGAGUAUACGCAGCCUGUACGAUUUUCGCAAUUUUGUUCAAUAUCAUGAACCCAACAGAUGAGUCGAUAGAGAAUCUAGGCGACGGGGUCAGCAGUCAGUACGUCUACAAUCGGUUUGGAGUGUAGAUAUAGGAAAUGUUUGAUAUUCUUAUCAAUCUUUUUUUGUAAGAUUUUGUAUAUAAAAUCAAUCACAGUUUUGUACUGAUUUCUCUAGGACUUAACACUAAGCUUAAGUCAUAAAAGAGUGAUUGCUGUAGUAUUUUUCAAUUUUUUUUGUUUAUCAGUACUUUGGCAAACAAACUGUAGAUAUAGUUUCGUGUAUAUACCUACUUUUUAUUUAUUCUAAUUUAAAAUUUAUACCAAAGACUGAAAGAAAUGUAAGUUGUUUAAUUUACUUAAAAUUGUUUCCGAAAUUAUUGUCAAAGCAUUUUGUUUUAGUUCCUAUUUGGUUAAGAAAUUUCCAAGUAAUUUAGAGAACAUAACUAGUUCUUUUUUGCAUUUUGAACUGUCUUAUUCCAUAUACAUAUUCCGUAUAGAACAUUUGACAGUAAUUUCAUUUAGUUUAGUAAUAUGUAUUUAUGUUUUGUAAAACUUUUGAAAAUUUAUUUAUUUUUUCAAGAUGUAGAUAAUUUAUUCUAUCAUAUUAGUCAUAAGCUGUAUUACUUUACUGACAAUAUAUUUCUGUCUCAAUUAUUUGGAACACUUUUUUGUUAAAUUAAACUUGGUCAGUUAUAAAUCAUAAUCUUAAUUUUAUUUUUUACAUAAAUGUUAUUAUUUUCUACAGCUUUUGGCUAAUAUUGAAAUAAAGAGGAAACUGUUAUCUUGAACACUUUCCAUUAUCUUUAAAACCGUUUAAAGAGUUUUGGAAGAAACGGAUACUGUUUUUCUUUUACGUUCUUUUUUGUAUAACUUGUGAAAAUUUUAUUUUUAGGUCUAUAAAGUUUUUGUUAACUUUGCUUGCUAUGUUUUAAUUAACAAAGAAAUGGGCAAAGUGGUAAUUUUCUGAGUGAUAUUAUUUAACUAGUCAUAAAAACUAGAUGUUUAAGUAAAGCCUACCAAAGAAACGUUCUAGUUGAUUUAUAUUAUAGACAGAUACUACAAAACACAAAUGCCUUUAAAGUGGUAGACAUUUUCACAUUAUACAUAUAUAUCACAAAGAAAAGAUAUAUUGUAUUUUUUUACACUCAGGUAAAAAGCUUCACCCAGUAUAAUGUUUAUUUUUUUUUAUUAGGAUUAAAAUAAUACGAAUUUUUGUCGAAUUUUUCAUCAGUACCUAAUGUAAGAAAAGUCUAUGAAAAUACUGAAAUAAAAUAGGUAUUCUGAAA